AUGUUCUUCGAAAAAGUAGUUGUUUCAAGUGCUCUCACACUCUCAAUGAAUAAUAGUAAUAGUAAUAAUAAUGAUGGAGAUGUAUAUAUACCAUACUUUUUAAAAGAUGGAUAUGUUAGUAGUAAUAAUAGUGAUAGUAAAGAUGAAGUUGUAACGAAGAACAAAGAUGCAUCAUCGGUCGAGUUGUCGAUGAUUCAACAUUACAAAAAGUAUCAAUCGGCAUUUGAACAAAUUAGUCAGAACUUACAGACAUGGCAAAUGUAUGAACAAUCAAGUAGCAACCUAUUAAAGAGUUUGUCGUCGGUACUAGAACGAUUCAAAUUGUUAAUGAGUGUUGAUGAAAAGAGAUUGUUUCAUCAUUUUAAUAACAAUCAUGUGAAUGAUAAUGAUGAUCGUCAUCAUUCUAAAUCAUCAUCAUCAUCUGGAGACGUUGACAAUGACAGUUUAAUCAUGGUCGAUAACAAAGCAAAACAUGCACUCAAGGUAGAAGAGAUAAUGCGUGCUAUUCUUCGAUACAAUGAAUCAAAGAGACAAGUUAUCAACAAACUACAAAACACUGCCAAUGAAAUGGAAUCUUAUUGGAUCAAGAAUUGUUCGUUUACAAACGAUCAAAAGUAUUUCAAGACUAUUGAUUUCAAUAGUGGUACCUACUCUACACCUCCUCUUGCUUUGAUUCAAGAAUGGUUAGAGUAUAUCAUUAAAUCUUUCAAAUUAGAAUUCCAAAGAAAGGAUUCAUUAAUAUUAAAGAUAGAUUAUACAAUGGAUAUGGAAACAUUUAUGAAUCUCAUUGAAGAAUGGGAAUAUAAAUCAUUAUUGGAUAUUGCAAAGAUAAAGGAUAUGUUGGUACAAACUCAAGGUGUAAUUAGUGAGGAUUAA